AUGCGCGGCGAGCAUUGCGCAGUCGCGCACUCUCUCUUCCUCUCCCUCACCAUUUUCUUCUUCUGCAACCUUCAACCUCUGCCGCUAACAGCGGCGCCGCCGUCGCCACCCACCCCUCUACCUUCCCCUAUCAUCCUCCUUCUUUCCCCUGUCACCAUCCUCAAACCUCUCCCUUCACUUUCUCCUUUCGGACAACCACCCGCCGCCGUGAACCUUCGCCGGCCACCACCAUCACACGGCCAGUCUCCCCCUCUCUCUCACCACCAACCAACACCUCUUCGCUUUCCUUCUCUCAUCAUAGCCAACUUCCCUUGUACUCAGUCUCUCACUCUUCCGAACGCCGCCACAGCCGCCGCCCCGCCAUCUCCACCGCCACCGUCCACAGCGGCGUGA